CAGCGUCCAACAAGAACAGUGCACCAGUAGCACCCAUGGCUUUCAGGUAGCCAGGCAGUUAGUCCAGUGGGUCGUUUGCUAAUAAUAGAAUUAUUGUAGAAUUAAGACCCCUCGGAUAAUGUAUCUGGCAGCGAUACCCACUGUCCGCCAUCACCAGAAAAAAGAGCGUGAUUUCAUCAUGGCACAAGUAUUUAGUUAACUAACCGCAUUUUUUUAACGUUUCCAGACCAGUAGUGUCAGCGUUUGUGAAGAAGCAAGAAAAGAAAUUCCAGUCCACAUUCCAUUUCGGUCUUGUUGGAUUGCGUACAAUUUUUGUGUUGUGGUUUAGUGUGUGUAACUAUUUAGAUUUUACAUGAUUUUACUUUUUGACUUGACACGGAUUUUAUGUUAAUUAAUUAGAAUGCAGAUGUAGAACAGUAAUGAAAAAAAAGUUUGUGAAUUUUAUUUCUUGACGACUCCAUUCGAAAGGAGGAAACUAUAUAAUUCCAUGUGACUUGGUUGUUUCGUGUAGUUGUGAUAACGUCGUUCUCGUCGACGAUACAUUUUUUUCGCUAAUCCAAGAACGCGGAAAGUUCUCAUAAACGUUCUUCCUCCGCGAGACAAAGCACGAAAUAAAGAAAUUUUAAAAAAUGAGUUAUUCCGGACGAGGAGGAGAUGAUCGGUGGCAAGAUCGUUCCAGAGGCAGACGAGGCGACGACCCGUACGAUGACCGUGCCCGGAACCGUUCCCGUUAUGCUUAUGAGCCCGAAGACCUGGACGAUGAGCCCGUGAUAAGUCGAGACCUGAGUGGAGAUCGGCACCCAAGUCGAGACCCGAGUCGUGACAGGAUCCCACGAGACCGAUAUGGCGGUGGUCGGGAUUAUGGCGGAGAUUAUGUCGACGGCGUGGGUGGCGACGAGUUCCAUCCGCCAGCAUAUGGGAGCGCUAGUCGUGACUACCGUCCCCCCGGAAGGGGCCGACCCAUCCCUCCAGGUUAUGGUGCCGGAGCAAGUCGAGAUUAUCCUCCGAACGGAGGAGGUAGCAACGGACAUCGGAAUGGGGGUCACCAUGGUGCAGCAAUGCGUCGCUCACCCGACGAGCCGUACGACGAGGUCCCUCGAGGAACAUCUCCCAAACGUCCCCGUGGGGAUGAUGACGCCUCGUACGGCCAAGCUCCGAGCGGAGCGGGUCAUUAUGACCCAGGAGGUCCUUCCCGUGGUGGUGGAAGCGAGGACGGGGGCCGAGGAGGUGGGCGUGGUCGUGGCGGCGGUACUCGAGGUGGACGCGGCCGAGCCCGUCAGACAUACGAAGAGCGUCGUCGCGAGCGCCUGGAGCAGCACGACCUCGUCAUCUCGCGUGGGGUGGACAAGUACGGAGAGAAAAUGAAGAAGAUGGGCGGCACGGGAAGACCUGCGAACCUACUCGCGAAUUACUUUGUCCUCGAGAAACGAACGGACUGGGCAAUUUAUCAUUAUCGCGUCGACUUCCUCCCCGAAGAAAGGGAGACUAGGAUCAAGAAGAAACUCCUCCGUAUACAUCAGGACACUUUGGGAGCGUACAUAUUCGACGGGAGCUCACUCUACUUGUCACACAGGCUUAAUCCAGAUCCUUUGAUACUCUGCUCAGUACGUGAAGAUCAGGAGAAAGUUGAGCUCUCUGUUCGCCUCGUAGCUGAGUUGGCCCCCACUGACGUGAUGUACCUCCAAAUCUACAACAUCAUGGUUCGCAAAUGUCUCGAGUUCAUGGAGUUGGAGGAACUCGGUCGCCACUUCUACGAUCGUCAUCAGGCCAUCAAGAUUGAGGCGCACAGACUCGAACUUUGGCCGGGGUACAAAACAUCGAUGCGGAAUCAUGAGCACGAUGUUCUCCUCGGGGUCGAAAUUACUCACAAAGUUCUCAGAACGGAUAACUGCCUACACGUCAUGACUAGGCUUAGGGGAGGGCAAAAUUAUCGGCACGACAUUAAGGAGGAGCUGGUGGGAUCAAUCGUUAUGACCCAUUACAAUCGAAAAACAUACCGGGUGGACGAUAUCGAUUGGGAUAACUCUCCCGGAGCUACCUUUGACAUGAAGGAUCAUGGCACAGUCACGUUUGCAGACUACUUUGCAAAAAAGUAUGGGCUUCGCUGCACCGACAUGCGCCAACCCAUGUUGGUGUCUCGGCCCAAGAAGCGAGAUUUCCACAGGGGGCAGACCGGACCUGUUUUAUUGGUGCCAGAAUUUUGUCAGAUGACCGGUCUCACCGACGAGAUGAGAUCAAACUUCCAGUUGAUGAAGUCAUUGACUGGGUAUUUACAUGUCAGCCCGGAUCGAAGAGUGGAUGCGGUUAAGAAGUUCAUGGCGAGGUUGAAGCAGGCGCCAGGGGUGAGGGAAGAGCUGAGUCGUUGGGGAUUGAAAUUCAAUGAUAAUCUCGUCCGCGUCAAGGGUCGCGUUGUGGACAGAGAAAAGAUAAUGUUUGGGCAGAAUCAACAUGAAACAGCUUCCGACAAAGCCGACUGGAAUGCUGCAUUUAGAAAUCACGAAAUGGCAUCCACCGUGCCGCUCGAGAACUGGGUAGUGAUCGUACCCCAACGAGAUGCACAAGCGAUUGAUGAGGUCGUAUCAAAAAUGCAACGGGUCGGAGAACCCAUCCGGUUCAGGGUGUCUCGUCCCAGAGAAGUCAUUCGAAUUCCCGAUAUUCGAAUUCCCACCUACUUGGCCGCCAUCGAUCAGGCCAUGUCCAAUCAGAAGGGCAAAAUACAAAUGAUCUUCAUCGUCCUCCCCAGACAAGUGACCGAUAUUUACGCCGCCGUGAAGAAGCGGUGCGCCGUCGACUUUGGCAUCCCAUCGCAAUGUUUUGUCGCCAAGAAUGCCCACAAUCCUCGUGGUUUGAUGAGUAUCGCUACGAAGGUUGUGGUCCAGGUCAAUGCCAAGUUGGGCGGUGAGCCAUGGUUCGUUCAAAUCCCAUUGAAGAAACUGAUGAUUGUCGGGUUUGAUGUGUACCAUUGCGGGAAGAGGAAGGGGGCCAGUGUGGGCGCUAUGGUGGCGACGACCCACGAAACACAAGCAAAGUACUACAGCACCGUCAGCUUCCACAACAGCAAGGAGGAGUUGUCCUCCAACCUGUGUGCCGAUAUGACGAAAUGCAUGUACGCUUUCCAAAAUGUAAACAAAGACUUGCCCGAUCGCAUCAUCAUGUACCGCGACGGGGUGGGCGAAGGCCAGUUGAAUUUCGUCUUUGAGACUGAAAUGAGACAGAUUAAGCAAGCGAUGAAUCAAGUGUACACCGCUGCUGGAAAAGCUCUACCCAAGUUUUCAUUCAUCGUUGUAACAAAAAAGAUUAAUACGCGAAUCUUUGCACAACUGGGUAACGGCAGGAUUGAGAAUCCCGACGCUGGAACGAUAGUUGAUGACGUUAUUACACUUCCGGAGAGAUUCGACUUUUACUUGAUCUCUCAAUUCUCUCGGCAAGGAACCGUCUCACCGGCAUCGUACAACGUGCUCUGUGAUUCACAGGGCUUGGAUGCGGAUAAGAUUCAGCGCUUAACGUACAAGUUAUGCCACAUGUACUUCAACUGGUCGGGGACAGUCACCGUCCCAGCGCCGUGUCAGUAUGCCCACAAACUGGCCUAUCUCACCGGAGUGGCCCUGCAGGGUAACUCCUCCAGCGAAGGGUUGUCCCACUUGCUCCACUUUUUGUAAAGUCGCCAUACUCAAGCGGAGCAGAGGCGUCAUUUUUGCUAUUAAGAGUUAAAACGCCACUGCGAAAAAUCAUGUCAAUCUUUGUAAAUUGACAAAAAUCUGCGAGGCAACUUUAGUCUACAAACAUAUAUACGCACCUCCACAUUGUUAAGUUUGUAAUGUAACCCCGUCUCACAAAAUGUACGCUACAAAAAGGUGGUCUGAGUACCCCUUAACCAUUCAACGUUGCAUUAUUACGUGGCAUUUUUAUAUUUAUAUUCUCUCCUCCAGUCACUUAUCAUAUAAUGAAACUUGUUUUACAAACCGUUUUAAUGCUUAAUAUCAUCAAUAGUCCUAGUUCUCAAUGGUACGUUUAAGCCGUGUCAAUAAUAUGACUUGUCCGGCGCUUAGUUGUUCACUCAUUGUAGUUAAAACAGUAGUAGAUCAAACUGGAAAAUGUAUUGUAAUUGUGUAUUGAUUGAAUCAGUAUGUGUAAUGUAGCUUAAUCCGUAUAAUGAUGAUGUAUACUGCAAUUAGCAUUUUUUGGUGGGCAGGACUUUUACGAAAUUAUCUAAUUGUUUUAAAUGUUUUAAAUGUUGCAUAUUUUAACAGAGUUUCGUUUUUAUUGCAUAGUUUUAUAAAACGGUUUUGCCCGUCUGCCAGUUAGUUUUGUUAGCUUUUGCUUAGUUGAAUGAGUUUCCAGUUCUCCACGAUUUUUUAUGUCACUGCAUUUAUUACCCGUACAUUAUAUUCUGCGUACUGUUAUUCAACGAAAAUGUGUAAGGGAUUAACAUUGUGACUUCCCUUGCUAAUCCGUAAUGAUUUAUUGUCAGUAGUUAGUGAGAAUAUAAUUACAAUCGAAUAAUUAAUAUAAUGAUGUUUACAUAUGUCCACCUGAGUGAGGAACAAGAAAUAUAUAAUUACAAUUACCUCUGUAUUUGUAUAUUUACAAUUAAAUAAUUAUAGUUAAAAGUAUAAUAUUUAUUUAAUAAGAUCUUAUUAAGUAGUAGUAUUGCUGCUAAUAAAGAAUCUUUAUAAACCGUA